UUAUGUGCUCAUUCUGCUUUCACUUGGUAUUGGGUGACUUCGCGUUGGAAGAAGAGAACACCUUUGUCUUCAGUUGGAAAACAGUGCCAGUGUGACUUAAUGGCUGCAGGGAAGGACAUAUUUUUCAGAAAUGUCACUUUACUCAGGUUUGAGGAUUGUGACAGAAGAAAUGGAAAAGUAUAUCAACCCACCACCAUUGAUAAAGCAAAACUAAAAAAAACAGAAGCUGGACAGUUUAAAAAAGGUGUCCAGUUUUCCAAAACCAUGUCAGAGCACGAUGUGACACAAACACUCAAGGAGGCGUUUCCAACUUUUAACUUAAAUGUAGGGUUUUCAUGCGCGAAAAUCACUAACGAAAGCAACACAUUUAAUUUUGAUGGCGAACAUCGUAUCUGGAAUGGAUUGACAAUCAGAAAGAAUCUAAAAGGCCAUUCCGUUCUGUACAUUGUUAUGAAUAAACCUCCAAAUGUUGCUUUGCCAAAGGUCAACCAACCUACCUUGAGUAAUGCAGGUGGAACAAGGGCUCAGAAUAAUUUGCAACCUGGGAGUGACUUUUCAUCGCAUGGAUUUACCAACCAGUUUCUAAGGCCAUCUGCAGCCAGCUCAAAUGUUGAUAUGAUAAAACCACAAAACACAGCAGCCACAGUGGCUUUGCAGCACUUGAAGGAGCCUGUAUGUAACUCAAAAAAUACAAGUGCAGCAAUUAUGACUCAGUAUGACCUGCCAACCCACAGGCAAUCAGCAACCAGCACAAAUUCUAAUGUGACAAAUCCACAAGUGCCUUUGCCAGGCUUGAACCAGUCUACAUGUGCUUCAAAUAAUACAAUUACAACUCAGUAUGGCAUGCUUCCCUGCUGUGGCUUUCAAGUUCAAGAAAGCAACAUCCCAGGUCCAGGGUCAUCAGCAGCCAGCACAAGUUUUAAUGUGACAACAGCACAAGAAAUCACAGCUACAGUGCCUUUGCCAGGCUUGAACCAGUCUACAUGUGCUUCAAAUAAUACAAUUACAACUCAGUAUGGCAUGCUUCCCUGCUGUGGCUUUCAAGUUCAAGAAAGCAACAUCCCAGGUCCAGGGUCAUCAGCAGCCAGCACAAGUUUUAAUGUGACAACAGCACAAGAAAUCACAGCUACAGUUGUUUUGCCUAACUUAAUGAACCAAUCUGCCUUGAAUGAUACAAGUGCACCAUUCAUGGUUCAGAAUGAUCAGGAACCCUGGAAUGACUUUCCAAUGGAAGAAGAUUGGUAUCCAGACUUCAAAACAUUGGAGGAGCAAUGGCGUGAAAAAAUACCGGAUCUUUCUGACAAUGACGUGAAAGAUGAUCUGUCACCACAUGAAGAUGAGAACUUUAACUUCAAUAUCACUCCGCAUAAAGUUCCGCUGAAGGGAGCGGACUACUGUCGCUUUGAAUCUGAUCGAGCGUUGCCAGGGAAUGUGCAGACUGGAUCUGCCAGUUUCGGGAUGCUGGGAGAUGUUGAAGUGGAGAGGUUUAAGGAUAAAUUCCUUAUUGGAAUGAAGAUUCCACGUGCCGAAGAGCCAGGGCGGAUCGACAUUCAUUUAUUCUUUGAUGGUAAAACGUUGGGCAAAACAGACAUUCUGUUUUAUGAUGAAGACGACGAGGCCUUCAAGCGGGUGAUUAAAAGUCCCAUUCUACAGGUUCAAGUACUUCGAAAAUGUGCUGAUAAUCUGGAAAAUCAUAACACUGCAACAUGCAAUGGCGGUGAAGCACAAAAUUUGGGAAUUUGUGGUGGUUACCAGGAACGAGAAGAAUAACAGACAAGAGCUUGAAAAGCUGCGCGGAUCAAUGCUGGCCGACUGUAUGACUGAGUAGA